GAUUAUCGAGUGGAACAAGACCCAGCAGCGACAGGCUUCUGCAGAUCAGAAGCGGGUGUACUAUCUAUCUCUCGAAUUCUUGAUGGGAAGAGCCUUGGAUAAUGCAAUGCUUAACGUUGGUUUGAAGGAUGCUGCCCGAGGUAAGCCCUCAAUCCGCGGUCGCGACUGCACGAGCCCUUGCUAAUGUCAUAUGCGAUGUGCCGCAGAGGGCUUGAAGGACCUUGGGUUCCGCAUCGAAGAUGUGAUCAGCCAGGAGCAUGAUGCUGCCCUGGGUAAUGGAGGUCUUGGACGCUUGGCUGCUUGUUUCCUUGACAGUAUGGCCACACUCAACUACCCUGCAUGGGGCUACGGCCUUCGAUACCGAUAUGGUAUCUUCAAACAGGAGAUUGUCGAUGGCUAUCAGAUGGAGGUUCCUGACUAUUGGCUCGAUUUCAACCCGUGGGAGUUCCCUCGGCAUGAAAUCACUGUUGACGUCCAAUUCUACGGUUGGGUUCGGAAGUAUCAAGAUGAGAACGGCAAGACCGUGAAUUCGUGGCAGGACGGCGAAGUUGUUCAGGCCGUGGCAUACGAUGUUCCCGUCCCCGGAUACGGCACUCGCACUACAAACAAUCUACGACUAUGGUCGGCCAAGGCUUCUAGCGGAGAGUUCAACUUCCAGAAAUUCAAUGCAGGCGACUAUGAGAGUGCAGUCGCGGAGCAGCAACGCGCAGAAACCAUCUCAGCAGUGCUAUACCCUAACGACAGCCUGGACCGCGGUAAGGAGCUCAGACUGAAGCAGCAGUACUUCUGGUGUGCCGCCUCCUUGUUCGACAUUAUUCGAAGAUUCAAGAAGACAAAGAGAUCCUGGAGCGAGUUUCCCGACCAAGUUGCCAUCCAGCUCAAUGACACACAUCCGACUUUGGCUGUUGUCGAGCUGCAGCGCAUCCUGAUUGACCAGGAGGGCUUGGAGUGGGACGAGGCCUGGGGUAUCGUCACCAAGACAUUCGGUUACACAAACCACACCGUCCUACCGGAGGCUCUGGAGAAAUGGUCUGUCCCCCUGGUGCAGAGCCUUUUGCCACGGCACAUGCAGAUCAUCUUCGAUAUCAACUUGUAUUUCUUGCAGUUUGUGGAGAAGAAUUUCCCGGAGGACAGAGAAAUGCUGUCUCGGGUGUCGAUCAUCGAGGAGUCCCACCCUAAGAUGGUGAGGAUGGCAUAUAUUGCUAUUAUCGGAUCCCACAAAGUGAACGGAGUCGCAGAACUGCAUUCAGACCUUCUCCGAACGACUCUAUUCAAGGACUUUGUGACCAUCUAUGGCCCUGACAAGUUCACCAAUGUCACUAAUGGCGUCACUCCGCGUCGUUGGCUGCACCAGGCAAAUCCUCGCCUCUCUGACUUGAUAGCUUCUAGAUUGGGAGGCUACGAUUUCUUGACCGAUUUGACCCUUUUGGACCAACUGGAGGCAUUUGCCGAUGACAAGGCCUUCCAGAAAGAGUGGGAAGAGAUCAAGACUGCCAACAAGCUCCGUCUGGCAAAACACAUCAAGGAGACAACCGGGUACAGCGUGAACCCGAACGCAUUGUUCGACAUUCAGGUCAAGCGUAUCCACGAGUACAAACGACAGCAGCUCAACAUCUUCGGAGUAAUUCACCGAUACCUGAAGAUCAAGUCCAUGUCCGCCGAGGAAAAGAAGAAGGUGUUGCCACGCGUAUCGAUCUUUGGUGGUAAGGCCGCCCCGGGCUACUGGAUGGCGAAGACCGUCAUCCACCUGAUCAACAAGGUCGCCUCGGUUGUCAACGAAGAUCCCGACGUUGGCGAUCUUCUGAAAGUCAUCUUCGUGGCGGAUUACAACGUUAGCAAGGCAGAGAUCAUCUGUCCUGCUUCGGACAUCAGCGAGCACAUCUCAACGGCGGGUACGGAAGGAAGUGGAACUAGUAACAUGAAGUUCGUCAUGAAUGGCGGCUUGAUCAUUGGUACCUGCGACGGAGCUAAUAUUGAGAUCACGCGGGAAAUCGGCGAGCAGAACAUCUUCCUGUUCGGCAACCUCGCUGAGGAUGUCGAGGAGCUCCGGCACCGGCACCUCUACGGCAAUUUCCAGCUGGACCCCCACCUGGCCAAGGUCUUUGAGGCGAUCCGCGGCGGAAUGUUCGGGGACGUGAACAGCUUCUCGGCGCUGCUGGCCUCGAUCGUCGAGCACGGCGACUACUACCUGGUUUCGGACGAUUUCAACUCGUACAUCACCACGCAGGACCUGGUGGACGAGUCCUUCCGCAACCGCGAGGAAUGGCUCUCCAAGUCCAUCAUCAGCGUGGCGCGCAUGGGCUUCUUCUCAACCGACCGGGUCAUCAGCGAGUAUGCCGAAAGUAUCUGGAACAUUGAGCCGCUUGUUGUCAAGGAUUAAUUCGUGACAAAACUUCACGGCCUCGAUCCGGUUUGAGUGAGUGAAAUAGGGCGGGGGAGGAAACGGUGGUUUAAAGGGAGCGAG